GGCUGAUCCUCACCUGAUCCGCACUGCCGGGGGAAGGCUGAUCUACACAGUAAGGAAGAGACUGAUCCACACCUGACCCACACCGCCAGGGGAAGAAGAGUCAGAGAAGAGUUGAUCUACACCUGAUUCACACAGCCAGGAAGAGGCUGAUCCACACCUGAUCCGCACAGCCCGGGAGAGGCUGUCCCACAUCUGAUCUACACAGCCCAGGGAAAAGGCUGUCCCAGCUCCUCAUCCACACAGCCAGGAAGAGGCUGAUCCUCACCUGAUCCGUACAGCCAGGAAAAGGCUGUCCCACCCCUCAUCCGCACGGCCGGGGGAAGGCUGUCCCGCCGGGACAGAUCCCGGCCAUGCUCGCCGUGUUGGUGCUGCUGUGUCAGCUGCGUGUGACGGUGCUCGCCUUUCCUCACUGCCCUGGCGGAUCAAAGGACUCGGAGCAACCGGAAUGGAAAGAUGUGUUCACAUCUGCAAGGGAGGCCAAUUUAUUCAUUGGACGACAUCUUCUGAACAACAGAUUUGAUUUUGAAGCAUUCACAGCCGAUAACCUGGAAAGGGAAUGCAAUGAAGAACUGUGCAAUUAUGAAGAAGCAAGAGAAAUUUUUGAAGACCCUGAUAAAACGAUGGAUUUUUGGAAAGACUAUUCAACUAAAGGCCCUAACAUAAAAUUAGGUGAUGAGGCACUGCAGAAGAUUAAUGUCACAGGGCUGCUCAUCAGCCUGGUUGCUGCUGGAGUGCUGUUGGUUAUAAUUGCACUGAUUGUCUUCUACUGCUGCAAGAGCAGAUGCAAAUCAAGGCAGCCACCAGGGUACAUGGGUUAUGCGAGGAGCAGAAGAAGGAAUUCAGCCAACAUCUUCAGGAGGCACGAGGAGUUCUCCUUGAGCCCCCUUCCCGAGGACCCGGAGCUGCCCACCUACGAGCAGGCAGUGGCCUCUGAUGGCCAGCACGCCGUGCCCCCACCCCCUUACCCAGGGCCCCCCAGGCACCCCCGGCUCUUCAGAAAGUCCAUGUCCCUCCCUGGCCCCUAGGCACGCACCUGCUGC